CAGGCGAGUGUGGUAAUCCUGCCCAGAUCCUUUGCUGAGGACUUUGAGAAGUUCUGCCAGGCCAACAAUGGUGCUCUGCCCCUCCUCUAUAGGAGCAAACCUGGUGAAUGGAAGCCGCCUCCUCCGAGUGCUGGCUUGGACAUCAGAAACGAUGGUCCACAGUACAAGAAAUACGAGUUUGGUUCCUGCACCGACAACUUGACAAGCCUAGAAGGUUAUUCGGAGCAGCUUAAAGACAUGGUCGUUUUCUACUUGGACUGCAGCAUCUCACCUAAAGAAGCCAUGCAGAAAGUGGGGAUUCCAAUAAGGAAUAAAGAAAGUCACCACAGCAUGGCCAUAUACAAGACAGCUGUUCCUUGCUCCACUGUUGGCAGGUUUUGCUGCCCUCUAGUGGUUACCAUGAUGCUUAUUCCCAAGGACAAACUGGAAACUGUUCUACAUGACGUUUACCUAACCAGAGGUUUGCAAGGAGAGCCCGUUCACAUUGGCUGCCCAGACCUGUUAGGAAUUGAAGAUCGUUCCAAACCAGACUAUGGGGAACCAAUAAUGCUUCAGCCAGGAGAUGUCCCAGUGUUUUGGGCCUCAGAGUUGACAAGCCUGGAAGCUGUCAGCAGCUGCAGGUCACCGCUGGCUUUUACCAGCUGUCCUGGGUGUGCAGUUGUUAUUGACCAGAAGGAUAAAAGCAUUCAAGUGAGUCAUCCUGGGGAAGUCCCAGAGGUCCAUUGCAUUUCCCAGAAUCCUCUCCAGUACAGCAUUACUUCAUCUUCCAGUGUACAGAAAAUUAGAGAGCUAGAGAACAUAAUUGCCAGAGAUCCAGGGAACUGAGGAAUAAAGCAUCUGUUCAACAAAGAUGAACUACUGAAGGCCUCCCUGUCUCUGUCACAUGCUCGUUCAGUGCUCAUCACCACUGGGUUCCCUACCCAUUUCACUCAUGACCCACCUGAAGAGACUGAUGGUCCCCCAGGAGCCAUCGCAGUGGCUGCCAUUUUGCAAGCUUUAGAAAAGGAGGUUGCCAUUGUUGUUGAUGAGAGAGCCAUGAGCUUGCACAGAAAGAUUAUUGAAGACUCAGUCAAUCAGGGUGUUCUGAAGACCACAAUACCUCUGUUAAGUUACCAAGGUCAGGAAAUAGGAUCAGCUUUCAUGUUUUUGUGUAAGGAUGGGGAUCCCAAUUCACCAAGAUUUGAUCACUUGGUGGCUAUAGAGCGCUCAGGAAGGGCAGCUGAUGGCAAUUACUACAAUGCUCGAAAAGUUAAUAUUAAGCAUCUAGUUGACCCAAUUGAUGAUCUCUUUCUUGCUGCACAGAAGAUCCCUAGAAUCUCAUCAACUGGUAUUGGUGAUGGAGGGAAUGAACUUGGGAUGGGAAAAGUCAAAACAUCUGUGAAGAAGUACAUCAAGAAUGGAGAUGUCAUAGCUUGUGAUGUGGAAGCUGAUUUUGCUGUCAUAGCUGGUGUUUCCAAUUGGGGAGGCUAUGCUCUGGCCUGUGCACUCUAUUUACUGAACAUGAGCGACAUACAUGGGCGCUACCUACGGAAAGCUGUUGGAUUGCCUACCACCUCAUCAAGAGCAGCAGCCUGGGCUCAGGCACUCCCAUCUAUCAUAAAGGAAGAGAAGAUGAUGAAAAUCCUAGUACAACACCAGGUCCGGAGUGGAGUAACUGGCAAUGUGGGGAUGGAAGUGGAUGGUCUGCCUUUCCAUGGCAUUCAUGCUGAAAUGAUCCAACAGUUGAUUGAUGUUACCACCAUGUAAUCCAUAUACACACACACACACACACAUAUACACAUAUACACACACUCUUUAUAUAAUCUCCAUCACCCUUUCUAGUUCUCCAUUUCCCCCCACCUCAUACAUACAUAUCCCACCCUAAAGUGGCUGGGCUGUAUUCUUGUGCCAGGUCAGGGGAAUUGGGAGAUUGUAAGAGAUCAUGGGAAGGAAUCCAACAGGUGGAGAUAAAUGCAAUUUCAAAGGUAAUUGGAAAGGAUUGGGAGGGAGGCAUUCUUUUCAUCACCUUCUACUUGCCCAGGAGGUCAUAUCAAUGGAAAUAUAGAGGAAUUCCCUUCUAGACUAGCUUUGAAAAUUCACUAAUGGUCCAAAAAAAAAAUUAAGCACAAAAGCAUGCAUGAUAGUGCCUUGUGGCUUAGCAUGGUGAAAGUGGAAAGAGCCUUCGAUCUUGACCUAAAAAACCAGAGUUGAAUCUGUCUGUGUCAGUGAGCAUGUCACAACCUCUCUGGUCCUCUUUUUCCUCACCAAUAAAAUGAGGCGGUUAGACAGGAUAACCUCUAAAAACUCUUCCAAACUAAAUCUGUGAUCUUUUAUGGAUGGACUUGAAGGGGAGACCAAGUAAAACAUU